GAAGAGCCGCGAGAAGGAACUGUUGGAGCUUUGAGCAACUUUGAACUUUAAGCAGUUUAAGCCAGUAUACACGAAGCUAGUGUAGCAAAGUCAAGCAUGCGACGUGCGACGUUCCGAGUUUACCGCGUGUCUUCAUUUCGCUUAAUGUGAGUUAUAAGUGCGGGAAUAUUGUGCGCAUUGUGACAGGUGUUUUUUAGCAAGGGAUAUUCAACAGUGAAGACGACAACAGCGUCGCUCACGAUAUAGUAAUCGAACAUUGAGUGAACCUGUGAAACAUGGGGAGAUCAAGAUCGCGAAGCAAAUCCCCCAGCAGUAGGAGACGGCACAAAAGUAAACAUUCGCGUAAGCGUUCGAAGUCUCGUGAGAAGCACAGUUCGAGCAGCAAGUACGCCGAAAAGCCAAAAGAACGGAGCUCCAAGUCCAGAAAGAGGUCACAUUCUGCCUCAACGAGUAGUGGUUCCGAUGUAUCGGACGAUGUUCACAUAGUCAGUCAUAAAAAACGUUCCUACAGAGACAGAGAUCGCAAAAUGGAUGAGGUUGAGCGUCUCGCUGAAAUGGAAAGACAAAGGAAAAAGAGAGAAUCGGAUAAAAAGUUAAUGAACAAAAUCCUCGUCACGAAUGCAGUUGGGCGGCAGCGAGAAGUUGAGCAAAAAAUGGUGGAGGAAGAGGCAGAAAAACGUAUCGAAGAACUUGUUCAAAAGCGAGUUGAGGAAGAGCUGGAAAAGCGAAAAGAGGAAAUUGAAGCCGAGGUCCAACGACGUGUCGAGGAGGCCAAACGGGCUAUGGAGCGCCAAAUGAUGGAGGAGAUGGAGUGGCGCCAAGCCAAACUUAGAGAGGAGGAGAAACGGAGAGAGGAGGAAGAACGGAAAAAACGAGAGGAGCUAGAGAGGAUCUUGGAGGAGAACAACAAAAAGAUCGAGGAGGCCCAGAAGAAGCUGGCCGAGGAAAGGCUGGCAAUGGUCGAGGAACAACGGCUAAUGGAAGAGGAGAGACAAAAAAUGCGGAAGGAGCACGAGAAACGUGUGAAAGAAGAGCAGAAGAAGAUCCUGGGAAAGAAUAACUCGAGGCCAAAGUUAUCCUUUUCACUAAAACCAGUUACGUGAGUCUGCGUUUCCAGUGUAAGUGUGUGAAUAUGAUAUGGUUUCAUUGUGUAAUUGUGAUAUACAUAUAUAUAUAUAUGUGUGCGUGGGUAUAUAUAUACACACACAUAUAUAUAUAUUAUAUAUAUACUUGUAAUUCCUGUGAGUUAGGUAUAUUACUUGUCGACGAGUAUUGACAGAAACUAUUGAUACUAUAGGAAUAUUUCUUUCUUCGGCAAAUUCAUAAUAUUCGUGGCUAAUAUUGCUCUUGAAAACAUUAAAAAAAUUCGUGAUACUUUAAUGAAUUGAUGAAAAAGUGAAAAGUGUUACUUGUUAAAACUUCUACUUUUUAUCUAUCAUCUUAUUCUUUGUAACUCUUAUAAAAAUCAUCAACUAUACGGUUUUCAAGUCUAUAGAAAAAUUUCGAAUGCACACAAUAAUUACUCUGGUAUCAAUUAUGCCGUACACAUCGAAUCUGAUAAUUUUAUCUGCUAAAUAACCCGGAAGCAUGUCGAUUGCACAAUAGCAGCAGCUUAAAAAAUUCAACUUUCAAGAUCUCUGCCGCUAGCACAAAACAUGUAUUAUUCUAUAUAGAACCGGAAUAUUCCUGAAUUUACAAGGUGUAAAAACUUACACUUGGUCAACGAAUGCAAGAUAGUAGAUGUCGUGAGAAAACUCUGAUCAUAGGAUCAGCUUCUGAAAUUGAAUCAACAUAUUUCAUUAAUUUUUUUUUUUUUUUUUUUUUACUCAUUUUUUUUACUUGGAGAAAAAUUUGAUUCCAAUUGAAGUGAAACGACAAAUAUUCGAAACAUAAACUACGUGACCUCUAAGAAGAAUAUAAUAUAAAGAAAUAACAGUGAAUUUGAAGUUAUAUAUAAUGAUAAUCACAAAGAAAAAAAAUUGUGAAUACACAUUAGCAAA